UCGUCUAAGGUUUAAUUUUGAACAAUUUUAAAUGAUAAUGGAAAUUUUGUAUUUCGAUUCAAGUACGGUCUACCAUUGUACCUUGUGUCCUUGUAUGGUUCUCAUUGUUUUGCAAUUAAAAACAUUUGGUCAAAGAUGCGGUUAUUGGGCUAGGCUCCCUCGGCCAGUCCACGGGACUAGUUGGGCUGAAUUCUCGUAUGAGGUUGGUUAGUUUUGCUCUUAAUCUACGUGGAUUAUGUGGGAUUGAGUGGUUUUAAAUUCCAAACAAAUCAAUUUACUAGUUUGAAAACUCUAUUUUUCUAAAAUAUUUCUAUUUUUCUAAAAAAAAUUAAUUAAUUUUAUUUGAUAAAAUAGAAAUUUCUUUAAAAAAAUGAAAUUUCUAAACUAGUCCUUAUAAUUUUUUAAUCUCAUCCAAUGGUACAGUAGUGGCCGAUGUGGCCGGAUUCUCGUCAGAUCGGACUUGGUUCCUACAACUUUUUCGGCCUGGCCAACCGUGCUGUGCAGGAGAGCAGUGCAGAGGAGAGCGAGGAGGCGUGCGAUUGCUUGCUUUGCUUCCGAGUUUCGACACGCGUGCCCAGGAAUCGGUCGGAUUCCCCAAUCCCGUCACCAUGGCCGCGCCGCCUUCUCCUUCGUCCCGCUCCCCGUCGAGCGAGGUUGCCGUCCACAGAUUCAGCGGCACCUUGGAUGUAUCAUCAUCGCCCUCAAGGACCGAGUUGUUGAGCAUGGUGAAGAAGCACUCACAUUUGAUUGGGUGGACGAUUAUUGGUGCCGAGGAUGAUGCAUCAGAUGUGGGAAUGGAUGAUAAAUUCUGGCAUGAAAUGCUUGACCUAUUCUUUGUGCGUGGCAGGCAAUCAAAAAGAAGUGAAGAGGAUGACCUUGUCUUCUUUGUUAAUAACAUGAAAUUGCAUGGUUAUGGUUUCAAUGAUAACAUGGAAGAUCCACCUCCCUUUUUUGUACGGAGAUGGGCUCCCACGCUUGAAAAGAUCAGUAUUAAUACAGUGGAGGUUGAUUGGGAGCGUUCAUUCUAUUUGAAUUUAAUCGCUCACACGUCGUACACUGUCACUGUUGCAAUAUUUGGAAUUGAAGAUCUUCGCAACCGUGCAGUGAAAAACAAACAGUUGCCUCCAGUUUAUAAGGUUACAAAAAAUGUAUACGCGUCUCCUAGCCGUGUAAAUUUUCAUCUUGACAGAAGAAAGGCUGUAGAAACACUACCGGCAUAUCCCAACAUCUUUUUCUCUGUAGACGACUUCGAUGAUACUUUUGAUGCUGUGCAGGUUUUGUCAGAUCCUGAACACUGCUAUUGUGUGAUUCUUAACGCACAUGAUGGGGCAGCAUUUCCCGAAGAAAGUGAGUGCAAGAAUCCUGUUUCAAAUACACAGCCUGGAAUGAGCUGUGGUAGUGCCCAAGAAAAACCACCAAAGAGAACUCUCUUCUCAGCUUAUGUGGGCUACCAAAAUGUUCGUGGGGCUUAUGAUGCUUGCAGAUCAAAAUUUGGGAGUUUCCUCUCACUUGGGCAUGACCACAAUAAGCUCGACAGACUUUUUAUGAAGGGCCCAGAAGGACGUGGAGAGGUGGAAGUAGCUGUCUCUGGCAUUGCAGAUCAGAGCAGUGGGAAGUCGAAGAAAGAUCCAGGAGAUAGCUUUCGAGUCCUUGUUCACAGAGCAGCUUCUGCUGCAUCAAAGCUAGUGAAGCAUGCUUAUGAGUCUUCAUCUGCUAACAGACAAAUGGAUGAUGAGCUUGUCCCUCUGAAGUGUUGCUUGAUGUCUGUGUCUCUUCCUUGGGACUACAUUGCCCACGAUCUUUUGCACAAGGACACACCUCCGAUGGAUCUGUGAUAGCAAUUCCAGAUCUUCACUGCCAGUCAUGGGAGGAAUCCAGGCGUGAUGAGAUGCAAGGUAAAGAAUCGAAGUGGAAUUAGGAUGUAGAUGCUUUUAGACCAAAUAUGUGAAGUGUAGGGUUUGUAAUGUGCUUGUGCACAGGUUACCAUACAAUGUAAAUACAAUGUACAUAUCAUGCAUGCCUUACAGAACUUGAUUGUAUUUCUUGAACUUGCUGUUUUUUCCUUAGCAAAUAAUUCUUCAAUUUGCAUUGAUCCA